AAGCGGGAAGGGAAACUGGAGGGGCAACCGGAGGCCCUGUGGGUCCAGGGUUACCAGCAGAUCCCGGUCAUCGAUCCGGUCGCGGUCGAGGUGGUCGCGGUCGGGGAUCUGCCGCAAGUGUAUCUCCUGGCCGUGGAGAAUCUCACGCAGAUCCACGUGUUCGCGUUUCAAGGUGCUUCGGGAUUCCAGCCGUUUCUCACGGUGCCCGUGCCGGGAGUGCUGGGCUUGAAGGUUCUCCGUCUGGACGGCGAGAGGAUUUUCGUGUUCGCCGUGCAAGAGUCGCAGACGACGGUUUACGCGGUGAGGCUGGUCGGAGGAGAAGCCGCCCCCCACGUCGAUUGCAUCGGAUCUCUUCACCCGGACCACCGUGAGAAGGCCCCCCCAGCCACACGGAACGCCCCCCGCACCACACGAAAGCCCCCCCACGACACUCUGAGACGGAGAACCACCGUUCCCGCGUUCGACGCACCGACGACGACGGAAAAAACGACCGAGAAGACCCGAGAAGACGACGGGAACGAAGACUUCCUUACCGCUUCCGCACCGACCGGAUCCCCGACGACUGCGAACGCGUCGACCCCUUCCCUCGUCCCCCCGGAACCCGACGGGGGCAUCGAAGCACCGCCGGGAGAGGAAGAAAUCCUGCGAGACUCGACUUCCUCGACCGCAGUGACUCGGACGACGUCACCGCGACUCGAAGAUUCCGCCGGGGAAACGACCGUUUCCUCGCCCGUCCAUUCCCGGGAGACCAGAGAAUCCAAACCCAUCACCACCCCACCCCCGUCCGACCCUCGCCCUCACCGAGAGACGCCGACCGAGAAUGAGACCGCCUCCACGGGUGCAUCCUCCAGCGAGGCAUCCUCCACCGAGGGACCCUCCACAGACUCAUCCUCCAGCGAAGCAUCCUCCACCUUGACAAACUCAACCGAAGCAUCCUUCACCGAGGCUACCACCACCGAAUCGCGUCCUCCCCGCUCUCCACGCCCCCACUCCGUGACCGUCCUCACCUCCCUUCCCGGGAAGAACCUGACCUCCACCCCCCCUGCCACCAUCCUCCCCUCGACCUGGAACUGGCAGGACGUGGUC